GUGCCAGUUGAUUUAAAGUCGGAAACUAUUACCAUCAGAGCAAUAUUUCUGUUAUUUACUACGGACCUUCAAGCAAAAGCAAUCAUUCUUGAAAUGAUCGCGCACAAUGGCUACUGCAGUUGCUCGUACUGUGAUGAUCCUGGGCAUGCACCAAAAAACAAAAAGGGCAAAAAGCAGCAUGCAUAUGCAUAUGAUGGCACAGGCAACUUGAGAAGCUCAGAGCAGUGGAAGAUGGAUGCACAGGCAGCAAUGGCAAGCGGAAAAAUGGUUGGUUGGGAUUUCGUUAUUUGCUUGUUAUCGAAUAUUAUGUUGGUGGCUAAUAAUACCACUUUGAUUUCCUUGUGUAUAAUUUUCACAACUGUAAAUUACAUUUUUUUAGUAUUUCUUGAAAUAAUUUCACUUUACAGGUGAAGGGAAUCAAAUCUCUUUGUGUGUUGGCAGAGGCUGACUGGUUUGAUGUUGUUCAGGGAUUUGUGAUUGAUUACAUGCAUGGUCAGUAGAGAGAGAGAGUGAAAAUUAAAUUCUUAGCAGAUCGCAUUGACUACAAUAUAUCAAAUGUUAAUCUUCAGCGAAAUAAAAAUUUUAUCACAAUUUGAAUACAUGCAAAAAAUGACUGUUAAUACUCUAUUCAUUCUGCAGUGGAGUUGCAAUGUACAUACUGUAAUCUAGACGCAAAAAAGCUAUUUCUUGAGAAGUUGUAAUUCCUUUUUUAUCAGGUAUCCUUAUUGGAAUUACUAGUGCUCUGCUGGACAAAUGGUUCUCUCCUAAGAAUUACAAAGAUGACUUCUUUAUUGGACACAAGGUAAUU